AUGGUCGUGGCCAACCGCCAGUUGCAGAAAAAGAAGCGUGCUUACAAGAAACGCAAGGCGACGCACACGAUUCGAAAGGAGCAGAAGGCGGUUCUGGAGAGGGAGAUCGCGGAGCUUCAAGCCCAGCUUGAGGAUGCUAAGUUCCGGGCGCUGGUACAGCAGGGCGAAGUGUCGAACUCCUACCAUGACCGAGCAGUAGAGAACGCGGUACUUAAAGAAUCGAUUCAGGAACAGCAUUUGGUGAUGGCGCAGGUGAGAGCAUUUCUAUCGGGUCAGAUGCAGCACCAAAUGAGUGGAGUGAGACCCAUGGAGACCAAGAUUUGUCUCAGCGCAGAUAGAGAGGAAAGACGACGCGUGCUACAUGCUCUACGAGGGGUCAAACUUCGAGAGGCCAGAAGGUUCUUGCGUGCACGAAGCAGUGGGAUCAAACCGAACACUCCCUACUUUCAGGAAGAGCGAUACGAAUCGGCGGACGGGGGGUUCUGUAUUGCCCGGUUCGAGAUCACUCCGCUACACGGUGUGAAAGGAGGCGUCCGCGCUGUGUUUGACGCAGUGCUCCAAGCUGCGUUCAAUGUCGAGAUCAUCAUUUCCGAGACGUCAGGCAACAUUACAGUGCGCGAGGACGACGAUAUGAACGACGAGAGGGUCUCGCAGAUGCGACUCGUGUUCGAGGUGUCCUUUGGCAAGAGCGGCAGAGACUGCUAUGCAGUCACAUCCACAGACUUCGUAGACGAGGACGAGCUGUAUCCGUACAGACCGCGGGAGCGCGUUCGACGUGACACGACGGCCGCCAUGUUGGUGUCGUACCUGGACACACCGAAGCAGAAAGCUGAAGGCGAGGACGAGCCUGUCGUUGUCCUCAUGCGCUGGGCCUGCACGAAAAUCUGCCACACGGACCUCAACAUCUCGCAUGGUGCCGUGAUGGACAUGCGAGAGACGUCGAUUCGAUCGCAGGGCACGUAUCUUAACUGCGUCAGAGAGGCUCUAGGUCUACUGUACCUACAUAAUAGAAUUUGUGAUUAUGCUUUUUUCUAUCCAUAA